AUGGUCUACCAGCACAUUUACGAUCAAGUCAAAGAGCUUGCUGUUGAUCUGGUCAAGCGCAGAUGGACAAUUGAGCAGAUAUGCGAUACUUUACAGGUUUCAGAUUCUAGCAUUCGGCGGUGGGAGAAGAUCUUCGACCACAUCGGAACAGUCUCGAGACCUCCAUCCCCUUUACAGGGCAGUGUUGGUAUCAUCACAUCUGCGAUUCUCAGCAUCAUUGUCGGAGUCUAUCGCAUUCAUCCUGACAUCUACCUUGACAAAAUUCAACUCUUUCUUGCUCUUCAUCACGACAUCUGCAUCAGCCCCAGUGCUAUCAAUGAUGCAAUCCUCGCCGCGAGAUUGACUCAGAAGAAGCUUCGCAAAAUUGCACAGGAGCGUGAUGCAGAGGCUUGUGCCAUUCAGACAGGUCAACGAAUGUAUGGGCGUGCAUUGGCCGGAGAGAGGGCUGAGAUUGUGGAGGGGUUUGGUCGUGGUCAGCGCUUUUCUUUGGUUGCUGCGAUGAGUCUCAAGGGGUAUAUCGCUGCUCGUGCCGCUCCCGGUGCGCUUGAUGCUGCAGAGUUCUAUGAUUGGGUUGCCGAGGAAGUUCUUCCGAAUAUGAACGAGUUCCCAGAACCUCAAAGCAUUCUUGUGAUUGACAAUUGUCGCAUACAUCAUAGCCAAGCUUUGGAGAAGUUGGUUAUGGGAGCAGGUAAGUCAAACACUGAGUAUCACGUCCUCUGUCUUACUUUGAACCUGUACAUUCUGUUUCUACCUCCAUAA